CAGAAAACACCAGCAAGCAAGCAAGGAAGUAAGGCUGAGAGACCAGAAUUUAAGUCAGGUCCGUCCUCAGCCAUCCACAAGCAUCUCAUCCCGUGCCAGUCCGCUGAUUUUUCAGAGGGAGAUGAGGACAGUGAGGAGGACAAAGAGAAUAAGGCACCUUCUCCCUCUCAGAUAGCACUGAAAAUGAAGCCCAGAAAGCUGUUCGUGCCUACUGAUAAAUACUGGACUCCUAGUAAGGGCCCCAAUAUUAAACUGCCGGUGAAGGAUCAGAGCAGCUCAGAGGAAGAGGAUGAGGACAUAGUCGCAGACAACGGAAGAAGAAAGAAAAGUUACCAGAGAGGCCUGAAUAAAAGGGCCAAUGAAACAACAAUCUCCACUGAGGAAGUGGAGACACUGUCAUCUUGUACGAGGUCCAGUUGCAGGCAUGCCAGUGUGGAGGCAGACAUCGACCUGACCCAGCCUGCUCAGGAGGUGGGCUUUAUCUGCCAUCAGUUCAGCUCAGAGAUUAAGAGGAAGCUCAAGAAUCGCUGCAGGACAAUGGAUCUUUACACCAGACAGUCUUUAAAGACCUUACAGCAACACAUGUCCUCUGUCAGUGUCCAAGUACACCAGUACAGUUCUCAGAGGCUGGAGAAAGUAAAACAAGUCCUGUUGGGUGAAAUAGAAGACCUGGAGCAAGACGACAUGGCUUUGAGGAGCAUGGAGGAGGAACUGACCACUUACUGGCAAAAGCAGACAUUGGCCUUCCAUAAAUACCAAGAGAAAGGAACCAAGAGACUACAGCAGUUAAAAAGUACGGUUCAGACUGAUGCACAUGAUUGUCUAGAGUAUGAGGAACAAAUCUUCUCUUUGGAGGUGUCUUUGAUGAAGAAAAACAUGAAGUCAGUUCAGGAGCGUUUCUUCAAAGAAAUGCAAGAUGAAGAUUUGACGAGUGUGCGAAGAGGACUACAGACCUUGUUCUUCCCAGAUCCAUCCAGGUUCUGACCGGAGUAAAAAAACACCCUUUUGAAAAAAAUUUAUUGAAACCAUUCUUCAAAUAUGUUUGUAUGCUUUGAUGUUAUUAAUGUUAUGUUCUUUUAAAUUAAUACUAUUCAAAAGGUUGAUUUUUUUACUUUGAAUAUUAUACUUUAUGAGGUUUAUUCUGGUGUCCUUGAAAAAAAAUGUGUUGGCUGUAUAUGGUUUUUGUGCGCAUAUUUGCUUGUGAUUUUUAAUAUGAAUAAUGAAUAGUUGUGAAAAGUGUCUCUAAAACGAAGUAAAUGUUAUAGGUGAUGUAAGACCUAAUGUAUUUAUUUGUAACAUUCCACCUCAUAAUAAUCACCUUUAGAUUUAUGUGCGCAGAAAUUAAAAAGUGGAUUCUGGAUUCUUAAACCAUCUUAAGUCGAGAUAACUUUUCUUUUUUUGCGUUCACUAGCAAAGGCCUGAAUAAGCAAACCUCAUGGGUUCAAUUAAUGGGAGAAUAAAUCUGGUUGAAAAAUAAAGCCUGAAAACUU